UUGUAGGGACUUGCUCGUAGAAAUUUAGGUGGAGUUUUCAUUAGGGCCUGCCUGGAUCACAAAGUUGCUCUCUUCUCUCUGCUUUCCUUCUUUUCUUUAUCUCUAUAGCUCUGUAUCUUUUCCAUUCACACACAUUUUACUUACCCUGUUUUCCCCCAGACCACCAAAGCAAUUGUAGGAAGACCUUUUUGCUUAGCAUUUAAGUAUCUGAAACAGACCCAACAGCAAGAUGGUUCAGUAUGGUCUGGAUUAUACCCGCUGCAGAUGGAUCUUGCCUCUCCUGCUGGGCUUAGCAAUGAUCUUUGGCAUCAUCUCACUAGUUGGUUCAGGCUGGGUAACCUCAGAAAGUGAUCCAUUUGGGAGUAAAGGCUCGUUAUGGAGGUUAUGCUCUUUUGAAGAUGAUGAGCGAUGUAAAUCUCUCAUGGAUUUUGCUUGGGGUAGAGGUGCAGCUGGCACCUUCUUAGUUGGAUUUGUACUCGUCUGCAUCUGCUUUGCCUUGUCCAUCAUUGCCUUUGCCAUCCCAACACUUCGCUUCAACUUCAUCAGAGGCAUAGGAGGCUUGUGUUUUGUUGCUGCCAUAUUCUCAUUAAUGGGCCUUGUCAUCUAUGCUGUAAUGAUUUCAACACGUGUGGUCUUCCCAGUAAACACGGUGCAUGUGUUUGACUGGAGCUAUGGAUUUGGGUGGACCAUGUGCAUCAUGGCCAUAGGUCUUGGAUUCUUCUUUUGUUGUCUCCCCCUCUAUGAAGAUCAUAUUUUGGGAAAUGUCAAACCUGAAUUUUAUUAAGAUUCCUAUAAAGAGCAGCAGGGCCAUCAUAUGGAGUCCCUCGCUGCUUGGGAUCCAAAGAAGCAUACAGACAUACCUAUCAGCUCAAGUCCAACAUACAAAACUAGAAUAUAUAGAGGUUUAGCAGCUCAAAAAAAAAGUAUUAACAAUUCUUGUUAAUGUGGAUUUGUUAAUUUUUUUAAACAACUUUUUUUUACCAUUAGUUUUUAUAGGCAAAUAGUAACUGAACUGCCUUAAUUAAACAUUCACCAAUUUACAGAAUUGGUUUAUAAUCAGUAUUGACUUCCUCCUGUAGUCCCAACCCUCCUGCUCCCAAUCCUUUGGGGACACACUUUUAGGGGCAGGGGUUCAAAGGGCUGCAGAGGGGAAGAUAAAUUAAUGACAACAGCUACCCUGCUUCAUUUGUUAGUGUGAGAUAAAUCCUGCUAAGGCCUGUUUAGAUUCAAUCCACUAGACAGAAAUAUCAUCAGAAACCAGAUGUUCCCAAAAAAAACCCAAACAAAAUACCUUGAGGGGUCCCUGAUGCUCUCUGACCCCUCAUGUCAACCCUGAGCUACAAAUAUUUUCCUUUAUUAAAAACCUUCUUGAUUGCAUUAUUACUAAUAUGUAUAAGCUUGUCUUCUCCAGCCUGUCAAUUGCAGAUGUGUUGGGAUUGCAACUCCCAGAAUUGGAUGUUUAAUUAUGCUGACUGAAAAAUUUUGGAAUCUGUAUUGUUCUAACGAAACAUCAGUAUUGCUUUGUUUAAAAAAAAUUCCAAAUUUAGGCUAUAACAUCUUUAUUAACAAGAAUGAGAAAGAUGAAGCCAACAUAGAAAACGUUUAUGUACCUGAAAGCAGUAUUAGCCAGAACAGACUGUAUGAAGUGCAUAAAUUGUUUAGUUAGGAAGAUGUUGGGAACAAAUUACCCUGACUGAGAAAACGUGACACCAACCUAAUUUCUGUUCAUUUUAACUAAACUAUGUGGCCUGCACAUUUUAAAGACAAUUCUAUUAUGUUCCAAACUUGUUUACAAUAAACAGUCUUCUGUUAUUAGAUGUUCUCAGAUCUGCAAACUGACCUAUGUGGAAAGCAAGAUUAAAAGAAGAGUUUGCUGAAGUUCCAGUUGUACUUUUGUAAUAGCAUAUCUUAGUUUUGCCUACUUGUUUUAAAGUGUAAAUACAUAGCCUUUUUUUAAUGCAUGGAUGUAUAAUUGCCAAAAUAUGUUCAUUAUUUUUUUUAAGGGGCAAUUCUUUUGUAAUAUUUUGUUUAUGUUCAGCUGAUGAAAGCAACACAAUCCAUCAUAACACUGAAAGGACAAUGAUGCAGCAUAGGCGUAGAAAACUCAGAAAAUGUACAUAUAUACAUUAUCUAUUAUACUAAGGGUCACCUGGUACUCAUUUCUUUUGCCAUUUAUUCUGACUUCUUACAGCAAAUGUGGGCAACUAUGACAAUUUUAUGACUUGUGGACUUUAACUCUGAGAAUUCCUGAGCUAGCAUGGCUGGCUUAAAGUCCAGUUAAAGUUCACAGGUUGUAAAGUUGCCAUAGUUGCCCACCCCUGUCUUAUAGGCUUGUUUCUUAAUUCAAACCUUAUUCCUAAGUAAAAAUACAUAAAGCUGUAUAGCUUCCAUGUUCUUUAUAAUGCUCAAGGCUUAAUUAAAAGUUAAAUCAAUAGUUUAAGUGGCAAGUUGAACUUAAUAUCAUCUAUUGUGUUUUGGCAUAAUUUUCCAUGUUUCUUAAUUGCAUGUUCAAAAGGAUGUGAUAUUAUUAAAAUCAGUUAGUAGAA